AUGAGUCACCGCCUGGCGUAAGCAACACUUGCGGGGCAUUCGCAAUCAUGGCGGAGUUGUGUUGUGGCUAGCCGCGGACCCUACGAACUUGUCCGACACCGAGCUUUCGCCUCCCCGUGCGUGUUCUCGGCGGGCUCAGGCAGCGUGCCAGCGCCGUGACCGGUAACCCAGCCGUCGACGCCGCCGUCCCAGCCGCGCUGGUGCAGUGCCGACGUGUGCGACGUCCAGUGCGUCCAUCAGGGGUGUGUUGAUUCGAGAGGGAUGCGGUGCUCGCUUCCUGCUCUCCGACGGGUCCCCGACCCCCGAGGAUGCCCCUCGGCCGCAUGACUGGAGCCCCCUAGGAUAGCCCCGCCACGGGGUCCUGGCGAUGCCCUGAGGGUUCACGGCAGCCCCGCGGAGGGCGCCAUGGACGGCCCGGCCGUCACCUUGAUGGAGGCCCCCCAGCUGGCGCUGCUGUUGCACAGGGAUCCCGGAAACCUGCUGGUGAUUGACAGCCGGCCCUUCCUGGAGUUCAACACGUGCCACAUUGUGGGUGCGGUGAACAUUUGCUGCUCCAAGAUUGUCAAGCGCCGGCUGCAGCAGGACAAGGUGGGGGUGCGAGAGCUGCUGCAGCACGCCUGCGGGGACUGGGGUUCUGGCGCGCCCACGGUGGUGGUGUACGACCAGGGGUCCUGGGACCCGUGUGCGGUGGGCACGGAUAGCUUCCUGGGAGUGCUGCUGCUCAAGCUGCGGCCGGCCUUCCCCAAGGUGGCCCUGCUCGCAGGGGGCUUCGAGGAGUUUGGGGGCCGCUACCCGAGCCUGUGCCGGGACCAGCGGGCGUCCUCGGGGCCCUCGCUGACCUCCCUCUCGCAGCCGUGCCUGCCCACGGGCCACCAGGGCCCCACCCGCAUCCUGCCCUUCCUCUACCUGGGCUCCCAGCAGGACGCACAGAACCAGGAACUGCUCAGGGACCACAACAUCACGUACGAGCUGAACGUGAGUGCCUCCUGCCCCAAGCCGGAGUUCAUCCAGGAGACCCAGUUCCUGCGCAUCCCGGUGAACGACAACUACAGCGAGAAGCUCAUGCCACACUUUGCGGGAGCCUGCCGCUUCCUCGACAAGGUGCGUGAGUCUGGCGGCUGCGUGCUGGUGCACUGCCUGGCGGGCAUCUCCCGCUCUCCGACGGUGGCCAUCGCCUACGUCAUGCGCCACCUGAGGCUCUCCUCUGACGACGCCUACAGGUACGUGAAGGCCAAGCGUCCCAGCAUCUCGCCCAACUUCAACUUCCUGGGCCAACUGCUGGAGUGGGAGAAGCAGCUGCGGCGGGAGAGGGUGCUGGGGCCCUGUGCGCCCCCCUGCCCGGCGUCGCCUUCUUCCGGGUGCCCCAAGAGGCUCUACCCGCCCGACACCAUCCUCGGCCUGCCGGAGAGCCUGGUGACGCUGGGGAUCCCACGCAGCCCGAGCGGCGUGGCAGCCGCCGACCUGUCUCCGACGUCGGCCCUGGCUCGGCUGAGCUUCGACCGGUCGCCGGCCAAGCGAGCCAGCUACGAGGUGGUGCGCAGCCAGAGCUGCCACCUGGGCUGGCUGGGCAGUGGCAGGCAGGCGAGCGUGGCGCCAACUGCCGACGCCUUUCCCGUGGUGCUCAGGAGGAAGGCCUCUGGGCGCAGAGACCCCAACGCGCAUGACAGCGCCUACAGGUCCCUGACCCUGGAUGAAGUGGUGGAGCUGAACCAGGGCUGUGGUCCGGAGCCGAGCCGGCUGCCCCUCCCCGGGAGUCCACUGAGUCCGUCGGAGAGCCACUUCCUUCAGGAUUUCGAGGAGGACGUCCCAGGAGAGGACGGCUGCGCAUCCUCUGCCCCACCCUGGCAGUCCGUCUCGGGCCGCUUCUCGUCGUCGACGGAGCUGGAGGGCUCGCACGACUCCGGGGUGACGAGCGCCUCUUCAUCCUCCUCGUGGAGUCGCACGUUCCCGGAACCGCCCCCGGCACAGCCCCAGUCCUCCUCUUCCUCCUCCUCCUCCCUGGCCAGCCAGGACGACGACGACCGACCCCCAGAGAAGGUGCCGCCCGCCCACUUCCACGGGCCCCACGCUCUCCCACGUGCCCAGUCGUGCCCGGUAAUCCAAGGCUGGCUGCGGCGUACCUCCAGCUUGGAUGAGUUCCCCGAACCUCCACGGCUGUCGCAGCCCCGCAACCGCUACAGCUGUGGCAGCCUGGAGUACCAGCUGUGCGAGGUCUGGAGCCAGCCCCACAGGAGCCAGGCCGCAGAGCCCCAAGCCCCGCUCUGCCGCUCGGCCAACAUGAUACAGGUGUCGUGACGGCGGGGGCAGAGUCGCGCCGCUGGGUGCCCUCGCGGGAGAGCGCGCCCCCUCGCGGCGACCCCGUCGUCCAGGGCCUUUCGUCCAGGCGUGUGCGCCGGCGUGCUGGGCUGCGUCAGCGGCUGCCUGGCCCUCGCGCUGUUUGCCCUGCACCACCAGUGUCUGUGGGAGCUGUGGGACAGCCACGUGGGGGGCACCUGAGUGCCUUUGGAACGAGCGGCUGGUUCACGCGUCCGAGUGCAACCGCUUACGACGAGAGAAUGCGCUGUCUGUGGAGUGGCCCGGUAGCCCCGGAACGGUUUGUGGGCGGGGGAAGUUCCUCCCAUAAUGCUCUCUGCUGGCCAUGCGAUUUUCUCCCCUCACCUCCUCCGUAAAGUUUGCUCCGCUAAAGCGGAAAGAGUGCAGGGCUUAGCAAGAGGAGUUUGUACUGCUUUUCUUAACCUGCAACAGACUGCGGCUUCUACAAGAUUAAGUCUACGAAAAACUAGUUCCUCGUAACAUUGCCAAAAGUAUUUGGAGCCCGAGCUGAAGCGACGACGCGUAGAAAGGAGAAAAUACAGGCGGUUCGGAUGUGGUUCGGGGCUCUCCGACCGAAGGCACCAGUGCGGUCUCUCGUCGUAAGCGAUCGCACUCGACCGCAAAUGUGCGAACCGGCCAUUACUGGGGCAUCGCUUGGGCCUCUCAGUCCGGGGCAUCUUCACAAUGUCUUAGGGACGCUUCGAAGAGUGAGGGGUUUUUGACGAGCUGCAAAGGUCGUCGGUUUGGCCAAGCUGGCUCUGACUUGAGUUUGUUCUAAUCGAAUUUGAAAGUGUUGUUUUGUGUUUUAGAAACUGAGAAGUACAACCUCAUUGUCACGGUUCAUUGCCUUAAACCAUUCUCUUGUCUACUUUUUGUUUGUUGCGUGAGAGGUAGCAUCAGUGGUGAUUCUAACCUGCAGCCUGUUAUGCGUGCCCAAGGAAGUAGGUGCGCGUAGCCUUUUCUUUUAUGGAGCCUCGAAGCAGAGUUUCUUUUCUCUUCACUGGACCAGACGGUUGGGUCCGUGUGUGACUGAAUCCCGGAGAAAAGCUCACCAGAGAAAAGCUCACCGGAGAUGAACUCACCAGAGAAGACCUCACUGGACAAAAGCUCACCAGUCUUUUGAUGGACACCGAGAAAAGAUCACAUCGCAUUUAAUUUUUAUACGAGGUGGUCAUUAUCAAUUUAAUGUUCAUUCGAUGAGGUGAAGAAUUAGUUUUCAUAUUCUGGGAUUGAAUAGAACAUUUUAGAGCAGCAAAAGAGCUACGUAUACAUACGUUCCACGCAGACGUUUCAAAGGGAGCUUCGGCCUUCUGUUUACUUUCAUGUCGACUGUUAUCGCCUGACUUGUGCCAUAUUUAAUUCUGACAUAGCCUGGUUCUAGGAAAUAUCAACUUUACUUGCCGAUUGGAAUGGCUAAGAAUGUAAGGUGUGUACUUAAUUUCUUAACCCUUUGACGGUAGAGUUUUUUUCCCUCCCAGAAGAUGUCUUGCAGUGAUUGGGUUUUGUUUCCAAAGGAAGAGUAUAAAAAAAGGGCCAAUGAACAAGUUUUUUCUUUGUGUUUUAGUGGGAGCAUGUACCGUAAAAUCCCGUUAGAGUGUCCACACAAAAUGAAGUGAGAGAUGGUGAAAAACAUGAGGUGGGCUAUCUUUGGGGAUGAGGCAGUAAAACUUCACCUAAAAUUAGUGAUAAACACAAGGGCACCUGCCACAACCACAGGACACGGAAACUGAUAUUGCAGAUUGCUGACACGGCAAAUUUACGUCUCGCAUCGCAAUGAACACGUGGGAAUUCGCUACAAACUCCUGUGCCACGGGAAAGGAUGCAGCAGACUUCGGGUGCAGCAGAUUUGUGUUUCACGGUGCAAUAAAAAUGCGGAAACUGGCUACAAACUUGCGUAGCAUAGGAACUAAUAUUGCGCGCGAAAAUCGUGGACAAAAAACACGGCACCUUGCGAUGAAUUUGCAUGUCAUGGGCAGCGAUAUUGCACACGCAGAUUGCAGACAAAAACGGGGGGAACUUGCUGCGAACUCGUUUGUUGCACGUACCAGUACCACAGAUCGCACAACUCGUGUGAUUUCCGGGUGGGCGAUGUUUCAGAAUUUUUAUGUUACGGAUAUUUAGUCAGAAAAACUGGGUGGGCAUUCUUUGGGGUGGAGGGUGCCCUUACGGGAUUUUAAGGUAGUGCUUGCAGGCUACUGAAGUUUACAAGCAUCAAACGAAAAAAUUAUGGGCAAAAUGUUGUCACAUUUCUUUCAUUCCAUUCUUACGACAUUCGGGCGGUUCCAGAUUCCAAACCUGAGGUACUUUAAAAAGGUUCUUCGUGGGAUACUAAGCUCUCAUCCUCCGAAUUCAAUUGUGCAAUUGUGGGAAGUGUUAAAAGUCUGAAUCGGAAAAGCCAUAGAAGCCGUCAUGCAAGGCAACCGUCUUGUAUGUGUCACCUGUGCGGAGCGUCCAAAUUUUAGAACCCAGCAAAACGAAGCACAUUGAAUAUAACGUUUAUGCUUCAUCAAAUACCGAAGAAAUAGCAACACGUCUCGCAAUGCACACGGUUUCGCAUUUAGGUGCAUACUUUGAUAUGUGUAAUCGCCGCCCUACAUGUACGGCAACGACCAUCAAAGGGUUAAAUAAAUGGCAACAAUAUGAAGAUUUAGGAAUUUAUUUUUCCAGUGUCGGCUACUAUUUACAUGGCAAUUUAGCACGGUCAUCCAGGAACAACUCAAGUUCACUACGCUGGUUAGAUUUUUCUGGGCUAUCUUCUAUUGACCGUUCAAUAGCAAAGCUUUAUUUUCGUUGUGCAACCCAACCAGUGUAUGGCUCACAGUAAGAAAUAUUUUUCUGCUGGUAAAUCCAGCAGAAAAAUUUGCCAAACAUCCAUACAUAUUUUAGUCAAAUUAACGUAUUUCAGUCGAGUAAAGGUUCAAUUCACAGAUUCGUAGGUGAGCUUUUCGCCGCAUAUGACGGUUUUGUGGUGAGCUUUUUUCUGGUGGGUUUUUCUCUCCACUAGUACCAUCCGUGAGGAGUGGUAGACAGUGGUAGCAGUCCUCAGCACCCACUUAAUGGCCCUUUAAUUUAGUCAAAUUCGGUAUAGCCUCUGUUGCUUUUCUGCCGUUAAAGAACUCCAAAGAUCACCAUUAUCAUUCUUUAUGAAACCUCCCAUUACACCCGGAGGCUAGACUGUUGCCAGCAUCCUGCUCUGAAAUUGUGGCUUUCUUCGUUGUGUGGAUGGCUUAGGUGAUUUUCCGGCGUUGCGCGGUUUUCCCGACGUGGCGCCUUCGUGUGCUGUACUAUUAUAUCUUGGUAGUUGGGUGGCCCCUUACCUCCACACUCUUGAGUCUGUCUCGAGGAGGUUGCGUUGGUACCACGGGCCCUUUGCUCGUUUCAUCCACAUAUCCUGUUCAUAAAGAAAUGCUCGUACGUACCGGCACCCAUUUUCCCGCGCGACCACACGUCCAACAUGGCGGGCUCUAACCACUUUGGUGGAGGCCCUUUGCAGGAGACAUUCUUGGGGUCCUCUUUACGAGGCCCGAGGCAAAGGGGGAAAAUAAUGCGGUCGAGUUCUCUAGCGGCAGUUGUAGUUUGGAAAUGGAUUGCAGAGACUGUAGCGUACCAGCUCUCCUCCGUCAUGACAGCAACGUUGGAAACUUUGUCUAGAAAGAAGUUAGAUUGCGUAGUACUUUAAGCCUGGUAAUUUGCGAGGACAUGUUUUCUUUGUGCAACAUGGCGAACAUGGUGGUAACUUGUAUGACUGUUCAGAAGACACGCAUACACUGUUUCGGGAUGUUCAAGUAGUAGUUCUCCAAUAAUGCUGUCACAGAACUGGGACGCUUCCUCGCAUACAGUGCGGUCCACUUACGACGAUAAUGAGAAAGCUUGAAAUUUCAAUCGUUAUAACUGAUCAUCGUAGUGUCUGGACUAGACACUGAUCGUUUCAAGUCUUGAACACUCUAGAAACUGGUUGUUAUAAGCGGUACAUCUUUAGAUGUGGUAUCGUUGUACGUGGACUGCAGUGCAUGCAAUCGUGCCUCCGAUCGGCGGAUCUCUGUAACUUACCAUAUUACGACUUCUAUGAAGAAACUGUAGGGUUUAAUAUGCCUACCGUAAUGUCCCCAAAGAUAGCCCACCUAAAAUCGAAAGCAAAUCAAGUGAAAAUAAGGAGUGGGCUUACAUUCGGUGUGCGAUCAAUAAAUAAAGUUUAAAAGGUGCCAAUUUUAGAUUCCGUGACCUACAAAAAACUUAUAAUCGCAGGGAGGGGGCGAUAAACCAAAGACAACUGUCCUUCCCAGUCUGCAACGUUCGCUUAUCUCCCACCUUGGCUAUGUAUAACAAUUUCUGCCGAGGUCACCACUGGCCAGUGCCCUGCAAUUGCUAACAAUGGGCUAUCUUCCGAUGCUUUUGAAAAAAUAACAAAUCGGGAAGGGUUUUGUUACGGUAGUAUUUUCAGUUUUGAAUUUUAGGCUGAAACAAUAUUUUUUAAAAACUUGCAACCAUUUUUCUUGAGAAAAAGGCGGCCUGAGACUAAGGAACAUGCACCGUUCCUUGAUAGUUGGCACUUUUGUGUAUAGAAAUGUGAUGCUGUGCACUGGUGCGGCAGUGUUUACCUUUGUAUAGUUCACAGCUUGGCAUUCUCAUGUUUCUGCAUAAUCUCGGAUAUUAAUGCUGGAAAAGACAUUUCUUGGGAAAGAAGGGAGAGAAUGUAUAUUGGCCCUUUGCUCAUUGCUAGGGAGGUAAACAUGGUCUUUGCAUUCACCAGUAACUGCAAACCUACCAACUCGGUUUGUUUUCUGCAGCAUGUUUUCAGCACAUUGGUGUCAAAUUAAUUAAUUUUGCACGUGUUCUGUUGUACCGUGGACUUUUUACGGCUCAAAGCGAUAGUAUCAUUCUGGUAGUUUCUGCACUACGAGAGCAUACUUUCAAAAUUUCACUAUGACCAAACGUUUCCUCCGUACCACCAUGAUCUUCUCAAUUCACUGUAGCAGAUCAAAUCGGGGUUCCUCGGACAUUGAUCUGUUAGGUUUCACAUUAGCAGCAGCAGCAGUCCUGUUUUCUUUUUGUUUGUUUGUGUUAUUGAUGCAGAUUAGAAGCUUUAGCUAGGGCUUGGUGUCCUAACAGCUUUCAGUGUUCCUAUUGUUCCUGGGGCGUUGAGCAGACGACUCAAGUUAGUACUCGAAUGACUUCGGUUGUUCAGUAACUGGGACAGACAGUCGUAGUCCCGUUUCUUCAGACACACUUGCCGUUGGACUAGACUGGUCCGUAGUGGCACCUAAAGGAACGUUCUACGAAUAUCUCCGUGUCAGAAGUGGACACGAACGCGAAGCUUUCGAUGCCGUCUUUGACUCGUGUUCCGAGUGUUGGGACAUUUGGCUGGGUCCGCCUUUCUCAUUUAAACUUGAUUGUUAGCGACGUUGCGUUCGUAACACCAGCGCACUGUCGAGCGGAUCAGGAGGGGAUGAUUCUCCCCAGGCUUACAGAUCAACUGAUUUCUGUCCACGGAGCAAACGUGGGACACCAGUUGCACUUUGACAAACCUGCACUUUGUUGUCAAACAGUUAAUGGCAUAGCGAUGCAAGUUUUAUAGGAGGGUCGUCUUAAUAACCGUCUUGGUCGUUGGCCCAUUACCAGUUUGAUGAACAACAGUUUUUUUGUCCUAGCGUUACUCAAAAGUUCAAUUUGGUUUCAAACGAAACGUCAGGCUUCCACAUUCUGCUAAUUUCACGCAUUCAUUCGCCUGUUGAGGCACUGUCACGUAUUUUUAAACCAUCUGUUUUGGUUGAGACUGCCUAUGUCCGUGCGGCUAGGCCAGCGAUCAAGGUCCUUUGCGGAGCUGUGUGCAGGUUAUUUUUUAUUCAAGUUUGUGCAUGUGGAAGGAACUAGUAUGUUUGCUUGGGUUCUGCGCGGGUCUCUCUCCCUACGCUUUCUUUUUCUUUGAGAGUUGCACGAGAUGUGUAGCUUCUUUAGGGGAGCAUCCACGGAUUAGUACUGUUUAGUCUAGUUCAGCACUCUUGUAUAGGUCUGUGAAGGUACAAAGCAGCGAGUCUGUGAGGUUUUGUAGUCACUAGGAGUUCCAGUACAAGCCACCACUUAGGGGCAAGGAAAUUACCACAAACCACUCUUUCUUCUCGUACUUGACGUUGUAUAGAUUUCCAGAUUGCUGUGUCAGCCCAAGAUUACGAGCCAAUACAGUGAGCAGAGUUCAUAAAUUAGCUGAAAUUGGUGCCCUCAAGGAGGCAGCGACGAUAUUGUCUUUGCAUUAAACGAGUAGCCAUAAGUAUCAAACGGUAAGGCCUCGAGUUUCAUUUCAAGGGCCUCAAAUGGUGCACCUCUUGUCGACAUCUGCACCAAUGGUUGUUGCACUGCAUUCCAAGACGGCUAAGGUCAAAGCGCAGCACUUUCUCGGCGCCGAAAAUAUAAUAUAUGUGUGACGUGAAUUUUAUUAUGUCAAGGUCGUCGGCAUGCCAUAAUCAAAAGGGAAGUGCAAUAGCCCCCUGUUUUAUUUUGUUGUUCAAGGCAGCCUGUGGUGAAGGCAUAUCGUUAACUCGGUAAGUUGUUAGGUUACACGGAACCUUAACUUUGUCAGAAGGCUGGAAAAGAAAAUGUACAUAUCAUGGCUUCUUGACCUCGUGCCUGCCCGAAACAUUUGAUUGAGCUAUUAUUGCAGGUAGCACCAACUCGUUCGCGAUCCAGAGAAAUUGACCUUGUAGUUGUUCAUUCUAUGCACUUGUCACGGGCGCUCACGUCUCAGUGCCACGGACUUGGCUGUUUGUCAAAGAUGCGAGAGUAGCACUUUGAUAUGAAUCACUUCUUUGGCGUGCAGUGUUUUUCUUCGUGUAAUGGUUGGUACGUGUGUUAGUCUCAAGGGCAGUUUUGGACUUUUCAAGUGCAAUGUACCACAAGGCUGGUCGCGAGUAGCCUGGUUCCUCGAUGUUAGAAUUUCUUUGGAGGGUGCCCUUCCCUUCGACGUGCAGCGAGUCAGCACAAACGUGCUUCCCCGGGAUGCAGCGGACAGUAGCCGUCUGUGCGUCGUGCCCACCGCGCGCCCCAAUCUGACGGCGGACUUUGCGUGGCAGUUGUCAAGUUUUGUGUUUAUAGUGUAUAGUUUGGGAGUAAGUUUAUAUUUUGUUGGUCUCUUGGCUUUUUCUCUCGUGUACAGUGAUGCCCGAUUGUACCGUAGUUGCCGUUCUAAUAUAUACUGGCCAGAAAAACGA